CUAAAAAUAUAUUGGUACCCAGCUCGGAGAACCAGCAAAAAUACCUGACAGAAAUCGACAAAGUCGCAACUACCUGUUUUUAAAUUACUGAAAUGGAUUGAUUUGCUAUGUUUAACUCAUCGGCUAAUUAGGUUUUAUUAAGCGAAAUAACACUAGGAUUUAAAAAGCCACAGUUGUGAUGUCAGCUACUAGAAAAAUGAUGGCUCAGAAUGUUCCAAGUAAUAGAGUUAUCAACUCUUUUCCACAGGCAUAUGAUGCUCAAGCUAGUCCGUACCAGAAAUGUAAUUUUCAUCCUAAAGUGAAGUCAGCCUGUUCUGAAAAUAGGACAGGAACUGUUGGUUUAAAGAUUUGUAAAGCAGUUUUGGUAGGAGACGUAGCUGUAGGAAAAACAUGCCUAGUCAACAGAUUCUGCCAUGAUGUAUUUGAUAAAGACUAUAAAGCAACAAUUGGUGUAGAUUUUGAGGUGGAGAAAUUCAGCAUCUUAUCAACUCCUUUCACAUUACAAAUAUGGGACACUGCUGGUCAGGAAAGGUUCAAAAGUAUAGCAUCUUCAUAUUAUAGAGGUGCACAUGUUGUUAUAGUGGUGUUUGACCUAUCAGAUGAGAGGUCAAUAAUGAGUAUAUCACGAUGGAUGGCAGAUGCUACUGCAGCGGCAGAUGACCCAGUCAAAUUUGUGGUGGGAACAAAGAAAGAUUUAGUGUCGAGUGCAUCAUGUAGAGCUGUAGAAGAGAGGGCAAAGGAGAUUGCUUUAAGUCUUGGUGCUGAAUACUGGUCUGUGUCUGCCAAAACAGGUGAAAAUAUACAGUCUUUUUCAUUCCGUUGUGUGUCGCUCACAUUUGAUGCAGCCGUGCUCAGAGAAGUGGAGACCUCAGGGACACCGCAACAGAAAAUCGGAACAAUAAAAGUGGAACGAGACAGAGCUGAUAUAUAUGAAUCCCGGAAGAAGAAGGUCAAAUUAAACAAUUGCUGUAAAACCUAGUGGGUGGGGUGUCAGGAUUUGAUUGUUUGACUACUCUCUGUGAUGUUGUGUCAUAAAAAUUAUAUAUGUGAAACAUUUUGUUUUACUUCAAAUGUUAUGUUUUUGCUAUUCUUAAACUAUUCCCAAAGUGCACCUUUAAUAAAUAUAUACAUGUAUAAGAUGCAUUACUAACAUGUUUUGUCUGCCUGGAAAAGAAGCAAAUUUGAUUUAUGACAUUUCCUUAUGAUUAUACAUGUAUGAUGUGGCAUGCUUAACUAUUUUACAAAAAAUUUUUUACUGAAAAUUAUACUUUACAUUACCAGAAUUUUCUUUUUAUUCUGGCAGAGAUGUUUUUUGUCACAUAAAAGUCAAAAUUGAAGUUGUUGCCGACUGUUGUGUAAGAUUAAUUGUUGCCGACAGUUGUGUAAGAUUAAUUGUUUCGUUCAGUGCAGUUGUUUUGAUUUUGUUUCUUGAAUUUGUAUUAAUUAUUUAAUGUAUUCUGAUUUUUUUUCUGAAUUUUAUGAUCUAUGGUGAUAAAGGGGAGUAACUAUGCUAUGACUGAUAUUUUGAAAAUCAUUGAAACACUGAUAAGAUUUCAAAAGAGACCUCCCCAGUCAAUGUGACCUUAGCCUAUGGUAUGUUUAAUGGCUAAGUGGUCAGUCUUAUAAUGCAAGGAGACCCUAAAUAGUGUGUACAAUUUCUUAAAUAAUUCUGAAGAUAUUUAAUUAGUGUGAAACAUGAUGUUAACUCUCAUUGAACUGUAAUUUAUUAGCAUAUUCAAGGGGAAAAUCAAACAUUUACUGCCAGUUUAUAUGAAAUAUACAUGUACAAUGUAGGUAUUAUAUGGUUGUGCGGUGACUUUGUAACUUUAGCAAAGAUCUGUUCUGAGCUGGAUAUACCAGUCUUUUCUGGAAACCAUCAUAAGAUUCAUAUUAUUUUGUAGAGAGAAUGUUAAUCAUCUAAAAUUGUCUGCUAGGUUUUUAAUGUGUAAGCCUAAAGUGCUUUAUGAAAGUUUCAUGCCAAUGACUUUUUUGUUGAUUGGGUACAUGACUUUUUUGUUGAUUGGGUACAUGUAUACGUAGCUGGGUAUUAUAGUAGUGUACCCUGGAAACUGUAAUUCUGUUCUUGUGUACAUGAGCCUUUUAUUAGAAACUGUUCAUAACAUUCCUACAGCAGGCUUUUUUGAGUGUUUUAUUGGAAGUUUUUUUAUAAACUUUGAAAGAAUUAAACCAUUUUUUCUAAAAUCAAAAUGCAAUUUCCAUGUUUUAUUUUAAUGAUAAUGUCAUUUUUUUCAGACAUUCCUUUUGUUCAUUUUUUAAGUAGAUUUUUGUUCAGAUUUUCAUCAUUGAAACUGCGUUAUAAUGAUAUACUGUGAAAUCAUUAUUAUUCUUUGGGCCGAAUUUUUGUGGUUUUCGUGGAUAAGUCAAUCCACGAAUUUAAGACCCGACGAAAUUUUAUCCCAACAAAUACUUCUUACAAUGUCUCUGUUCUGUAUAUUACAACAUGUGUUGGCGCUUUUCCGGCCGAUUAUUGUGGUAUGAAUGUAUACAAAUAAUCAGGUUAGUGACAUAUUUAAUCAAUUAAUAGUUUAGUUUUGCAAUAUUUAAGAAACUUGAAAGAAAAGUCGAUUGUAUAUCUUCAGUUUGCUAUCAAAAAAGUCCGUCGCAUAUAAACAACAGGGGGACUACUUGAUUGUUGUAGGCUACUUGAUUGUGCUAGCCAAAAUACGUGCCAUAAUGGAGUAACUAUGGGAACCCAGUGCAUUAAUUAGCGCCGAUAAAAGUUCUCAGUUUACACCUAUUAAUUGUUAUAUAAUUGACUUUAAUAUUAAUGUCGUAAUUAAAGUAAACAAAACAAUAGAAAAAUUACUGAUCGCUAAAAAGAUGAAUUGAAAAUUCUUUUGUCGAAUUUUAACAAGACAAGUGUAAAUAAAUGAUCCAUUUAAAUUGAAUUUCAAUAUGUAUUUGUACGACUGCUAUUCCGAAAAUAUCAAAAAUCCGCCGUCUUUUUACUAGAUGCACACAUAACUAUUGAGCCACUUACUCAUAUUUAAUUUACUGUAUAUAUAUAUUUACUGUAUAUAUAUAUGCAUAUAAAUUUACAUGGUCGAUGUGACAUUGGGUGUAGUUUUUGGCCGAUUCAGGGUGUAGACUUUUUACACGCUGGUUAAAAAGUGGCAAGUGGCGUAUUAUUUAUGAGAUGUUUACAUCGGCAAAUUAUAGGGGCAAUGUGACCAAUGCAGCUGCAUAUCAUGUCACACAAACGUGUCAAUUGCAGUCAAUUAUGGGCAGUAACUGUGUUACGCCCAGAGGCAAGGAUUAAAUUUAUUGAUAAGAGCUGUGUUAUAUACAUGCUGUAAGUAAAACAGCGCGGUGAUUAAAUUGCAUUACUUUUUUUAACAAGAAAAUGAAAAUCCACGAAUUUAAGAACCCACAAAAAUGCCCGUUUUGAUAAAACCACGAAAUUUCAUGACCACGAAUAUAAAUAAUUUCACAGUAUAUGAUUUUAGAUCAUGUCUUGUUAUUUCAAUAAAUAGUAUUUAACAACACAUUCAGUUUAAUGUCUGUCAGAAAAUAACUAGCCGAAUGCUAUAACAUAUGGUGAACAAUUGGACUGUGUAUAAAAAUAAGCUGUUUUAUGUUAUUUUUUCAUUGACCUUUUUCAUUACUUGCCUUUCCAAGUAUUCAAGGGAAGCAACAUAGCACAAAAUAAGAAUUCAAGGGAGAUAAUAAAGUACCUAUGAACUUGAAUAUUCAUGGGAGAUAAUGUUAAGUGACAUGCGUAUCAAAAAAGCUGAUGAAGUAAGGUAUCCUGCUUUCUUAGUCACAUUUGUCAAUACAAAAUACAUUUUAAAUUCUGAAGGUGUUUUUUACCCACACAGUUACAGCCCUUGAUGUUCUUUCACGGAGAAUUUUAUGUGUGUAUUGUGGUACUUUAAUUGUUUUGAGUAGUAAAACAAUGUCAGGUAAAUUAACAUUCAGAGUGUGGUUCAAAUUCAUGUAACUCUCCGAUUUAAUGUUAUUUUGUGCCUUGUAAAUUGCUUUAUGUUUUAUGCUAAUGUUAUAUUUUGAAAAGAAAAUAAAAAAAAAUGCUAGAUUUGUUUUGUAGGAUAGAAACAAUAGAAAAAUGUUUAUGAAACAUUUUUAGAUACUGUGUUCAGAAAAAAAGUUUUUCUCUAUUUUCAGUUACGAUCUGUGUAUAUUUUAUUUAGAACAUGUGAUAUUAUCGUGUGAUUUUUAUUGAUUGAAUGUUGUCACAAUGCAGUAGACAUAAUGUUUUUCUCUUUAUUGUUUUUACAUGUAUAAAUGUUAUUACCAUGUAUUUCAUUUUAUCAUUGUGGUUGAUUAAUUGAUAUUCAAUAUUAUGUCCAUUGUAUUAAGUUUAAGACUUUCAGUUUGUUUGGUGACUUGUAUUUUGUAAGAAGGGACCCUAGAUUUUGUGGUAUCAUAAUUAGUAGAUGAUUCAAACUUAAAUGUUGAAAUUUUUGCAUUAAUGCAGUUAUAAUUUUACAACUAGAUUAUUCUUCUUAUUUGUUAAAGUGGAUUGGUCUACAAUGGGCACAUUUUCCAUAAGUAAUUCAAAUAUUGAUAAAAAAUAAUAGAAAUAUAUCAUUUGGAUAUUCUUAAAAAUCUUGAAAAAGAAAUGUUGAUAAGAGUUUUAAGUGAUAUAGUAUUAACAUUUAUAUGAUGAAAAAUAAUAUUUUGUUCUAGAACAAUUUAUCUGCUGUAUAUAAAGAUAUGUAAUAUCAGAUCAUGUAUCACAAACUUACUAACAUCAUAUACAUUUGUAUGCAUACUUUUUCAUGGUUUCCUGUUUUGUAUGAUACUAAAUAGUGUCAACAUAGUGUUUUAUUGUAUUACAAAUCUUCCAUAAUAGACCAAUUCACUUUAACAUUGACAUAUUCCUUCUCUAAAUUGUUAUGAAUAGUUAUAUCAUAUUAGAAGAAUAUUUUUUAGCUCGACUAUACGGAGUAUAUGGAGAGCUGUCCUACUCGCCCCGGCGUCCGCGUCCAGAUUUUAGAUUAAAGUUUUGGUGCAGUAAAAUAUUUUUCACUAUAACUUUGUCAUUUCUUAAGUUAUCAACACUUCAAACUUCAAAUAUAUGUUCCUUAUCAUCAACCACAUCUUAUGUGACAAGGUUCAUAACUCUAGCACCAAUAUUUUCAGAUUUAUCUCCCCUUGAACUUAGAAUUUUCCUUAAAAAAUACAAUUUUUUACUGUUACUUUAUUUCUUAAGGGAUCAACCUCAUACUUCAAAUAUAUUUACGUUAUCAUCAUCCCCAUCUUAUGUGACAAGGUUCAUAACUCUAGCACCAAUAUUUUCAGAUUUAUCUCCCUUUGAACUUAGAAUUUUCCAUAAAAAAUAUUAUUUUUUACUGUUACUUAUUUAUUUCUAAAGGGAUCAACUUCAUACUUCAAAUAUAUUUACGUUAUCAUCAUCCACAUCUUAUGUGACAAGGUUCAUAACUCUAGCACCAAUAUUGCAAUAAUUAUCUCCCCAUUAACUUAGAUUUUUUUACUAGAAAAAUGUUAUUUUUUAUUAUAACAUUUUUAUUUUUAAAGGUAUCUACUUCACACUUCAAAUACUUAUUCCUUAUCAUCAAUUACAUUUUAUGUGACAAUGUUCAUAACUCUUGAAGCAAUAUUUACAGAUUUAUCUCUCUUUGAACUUAGGAUUUUCUUUAAGAAAUAUAAUAACUUCUUUACUUUUUAAGGUAUCUACUUCAAACUUCAAAUAUAUAUUUCUUAUCAUUACACAAAUGUUGUGUGACAAGGUCCAUAACUCUAGCAUGACUAUUUCUAGAAUUAUUCCCCUUGACCUUGGAAUUAAUGUUAACAAAUGUUAUUUUUUUACUAUAACUUAAUACAUAAUUAUACAUAAUUGAUUUUUCUUUCAUAGUUUUGUCCUCCUUACUGCGUCCAGUAUUUUAUUAGUCGAGCUUCGCUGUCUCCUGUGACAGCUCUUGUUAUUAAAUUGUUUUCAACAUUUCUUAAAGAGUGUUACAAAGUUAAUCAUUUUAAUUAUUAAUUAAUUAACUUUGUAUCUACUAAUGGAAUCAUGUUCAAAAUACUCAUUUUUAUGCAACAUCUUAGAUACAGUUAAACAUGACUUUAUAGCCACUUUCAGAUUAAUAUGAAGUUUUCUUUGUC